AUGAAUGAGAAUACAGGUGACGAAAACCCAUUCAGUAAUCCACAACCAAGUACACCUGGAACCCUAAAACAAACUAUUUUAGAUGAAACAGUAAGUGACUUUUCUAGUGAUGAUUCUGUGGCCGAUCCUAACUACUCUCCGGGCAGUCCUAGCUUACUUACACAACAUAAAGAAAUGGAAAUUGCUGUUCCCAAUGUAUCAGUGGAUAUGCAUAUAACGCCGGAUAAUGAGACACCUGAAAACAUUGAAGAUAUUUCUUUGCUACAACAAAACCAACCAGUGUCCUGUAGAAAAAAGAAGCAAGAAAACAAAUAA